AUGGUCGGAGAUGCUUCGCCAUCUACAAUCCAUAUGCCAUCCAUUAGACCUAAGAAGAAGCUCAAGGCUCUUCAUUGGGACAAAGUCGAUACUCCUCAAGUGACUGUUUGGGCUGGUCAUGCACCGACUGCUGAGCAGAAAGAAGAAAAAUAUACCGAGCUUGCCAAGAAGGGUGUAUUGGAUGAGGUUGAACGACUGUUCAUGGCCAAAGAAACGAAGAUCUUUGGGGCCAGCACUGGUGCGAAGCAGCGCACCGCCAAAAAACAGAUUAUCUCGAACGAUCUAUCCAAGAACUUCCAGAUUGCUUUGUCUAAAUUCUCUCAAUACCCAGCCGAAGAGGUGACUCGCAUGAUCAUUCACUGUGAUAAGGAAAUUCUGGAUAACAAUGUCGUUAUGGACUUCUUGCAAAGAGACGAAAUGUGCAAUAUACCAGAGAAUGUCGCCAAGCUUAUGGCACCAUAUAGUAUGGAUUGGACGGGCCCUGGUGCCGCUAGUAUGGAUCGUGAACAGGAUCCCUCCGAGAUCACUCGCGAAGAUCAGAUCUAUCUCUACACUGCAUUCGAGCUAAACCACUACUGGAAAGCAAGAAACCGAGCGCUUGCACUGACCCGCACCUACGAACCAGAGUACGAGCACAUCUCCGCAAAGCUACAAGAAGUCGCACGAGUCAGUGAGUCCUUGCGGGACUCUGUGUCAUUAAUGAACGUGCUCGGUCUGAUUCUCGACAUUGGAAACUUCAUGAACGACGCCAACAAGCAGGCCCAGGGUUUCAAGCUGAGCUCCCUCGCCCGCCUAGGUAUGGUGAAAGAUGACAAGAAUGAGACUACCUUUGCGGAUCUGGUUGAGCGUAUUGUGCGCAACCAGUACCCAGAGUGGGAAGGCUUCCUCGAUGAGAUCAGCGGUGUCAUUGGCUUACAGAAGGUUAAUGUCGAUCAGCUCCGCACCGACGCUAUCAAGUACAUUAGCAACAUUAAGAACGUGCAGUCGAGCUUGGACGCUGGUAACUUGAGUGAUCCUAAGAGGUUCCACCCCCAGGAUCGUGUCAGUCAAGUCGUGCAGCGAUCCAUGAAGGAUGCUAGACGGAAGGCUGAGCAGCUGCAACUCUACCUGGACGAAAUGGUCAAGGCUUAUGAUGACAUUAUGGUCUUCUACGGUGAAGACAACGCAGACGAGAAUGCUAGACGGGAUUUCUUUGCUAAGUUGAGUGCGUUCUUGGUCGAGUGGAAAAAAUCAAGAGAGAAAAACACAUCUCUGGAAGAAUCCAGAAGGCGCACAGAAGCAUCCCUCGCCCGCAAGCGAAUCAAUGCCAACCUCGCCAACAACACUCCGACUGCAGAAGCAGGGCAAUCGCCUGCUUCAAGUGGUGCUAUGGACUCGUUACUUGAGAAGUUGCGUGCCGCAGCACCCCAAGCCAAGGAUCAACGAGACCGCCGGCGUCGUGCUCGUCUAAAGGAGCGGCAUAACGUCCGUAUAACUUCGGGCUCCAAGCCACCACCUGAUUCGGGCGAGGCGGAAGAAGGCGAAGAUGGGGCUGCAAACCCAGUCAAUGGUGAAAAUAACGAUGAGAAUGGUCUUCUCAGCCCUCCAAUCAGCACAGAAGAAGAUGGAAAGCAGGAACGUGAAGUGUCUGAAGGCGAAGACGUUGCUGAUCGUGCUGCCAGCAUGCUUCUCGGUCUGCGAAGUAAUUCCGAUUCAGGCAAUGGUGAACGUCAGAGACGGAGAAGAGAAAGCGCAGACGAAGAGCGUCGAAAUCGCCGCAUGAGACGCCGGAACCCCGCUACAAGCGGGAGCAAAGAUAGCGCGGAUGGCUCUAGUGGCCUAGCUACAGUUCAAGAGCCUGCUUCUCCUUCGCAAACAGAAGAGCAACAACUCCCCAGCCCACCCAACGAGUCUCAACCUCCGCCUUCAAUUGUCGUGUCGGAGCAAGAUGAUUCAUUAUCACAGGAUCCCUCAUUUGACGGUUCCUCUCCUCACAAACCAACUGAUUUGUCGGAUUGA